CGCAGCCACGUCAUGUAAACGAAACGGGGAAGGAGUACGCGCAUCAGAGUAACCAAAAUAGAAGACAGGACCAGCAUUUCUGCACAGUGAUCAAUUUUUCGUUGCUGCACCUGCAAUUUCACCAAAACCAGCACCGGCGGAGAACAGACAGAUAAUUUCCCGGGUGUCAAAUCAUAUGGCAAGAUGUCAGAUAUCGGGGACUGGUUUAAAAACAUCCCUUUCGUCACUCGAUACUGGUUUGCGGGCUCAAUAGCCGUGCCGCUAAUAGGAAAGCUGGGAUUAAUCAGUCCUGUGUAUCUUGUGUUAUGGCCGGAGGCUUUCUUUUAUAAAUUUCAGAUAUGGAGACCGCUAACUGCAACAAUGUAUUUCCCAGUCGGCCCAGGAACAGGGUUUCUUUACCUGGUUAAUUUGUAUUUCCUAUACCAGUACUCCACUAGGCUCGAAACAGGAGCGUUUGAUGGAAGACCAGCAGAUUACAUUUUCAUGCUUCUGUUCAACUGGAUUUGCAUCGUUAUAACGGGUUUAAUGAUGGAUAUGCAGCUCCUGAUGAUCCCUUUGAUAAUGUCUGUUCUGUACGUCUGGGCUCAGCUAAAUCGAGACACGGUUGUGUCUUUCUGGUUUGGCACUAGAUUCAAGGCUUGUUAUCUCCCUUGGGUUAUUCUUGGAUUCAACUACAUCAUCGGUGGCUCUGUUGUCAACGAGCUGAUCGGGAACUUGGUGGGCCACCUUUACUUCUUUCUGAUGUUCAAAUACCCCAUGGAUCUGGGUGGCAGGUCAUUUCUUUCCACCCCUCAGUUCCUGUACAAUUGGUUUCCCAGUCGACGAGGUGGAGUUUCUGGAUUUGGUGUUCCCCCAAGCAGGAGACCUGUGCCUCAGCAACAGGCCGGAGGAGGAGGUGGUGGUGGUGGACGGCAUAACUGGGGUCAAGGUUUUCGGCUGGGGGACGACUGACCCUUUUAUCUCGCGCCUGUGGAUAAACACUGAAACUUCUAACAUCAAUGCUGCAAAAUAUGGAUUUUAUAUGUUUUGGAAUUGAUUUGUAUUUGUUGUUUUUCUUCUGACUUACAAGGAGAAGAAGAAUGUGAGAGAGAUUUUUUCCCCAGCGUUAUGUCUUGUUUUUUGUUUUACUCUUGAUGUAAUAUCACACUGUCAUUUCAGUGUGUACAGAAACUAGGAAAUUCAGAGGACCGGCGUUGAUUGUCUUUCCCACAAUACAACAGCGUAUCAGUAUAUGUAGGCUUCAUAUUACUUGCUCACAGUUGAAAUCUUAUCCAUUUCAUUUCUCUGUUUACAUUCAAUGUAAAAUGUUUGCAUAUUUGUUUCAGAACAGUCAUGGCCAUUUUUUUAAUUAAUCUUAAUUUACGCUUAAAAUUCGUUAGGUUUAAAUUGUCAAAUCUUUUUUUUCCUGAACAGUACACAUGCUUUACAUUUGUGAAUGAACUGAAUUAUCAAUCAGAUACUUGCAGAUGAAAAUGCUGUGCAUGUUUCAGUCUGUUUUAUAUACAUAUUUAGUUGCAGGCAGGCCUUGAGAAAAGGCUAUCAGUCAGUCUGGUUACAGAAUAACUAGCUUGCACUUUUCACACAUUAAACUAAAUAAAAAUG